AUGGGUCACGACAUGAGCUCCAUGGGCGGAGGUUCAACCGGAGCGGAUACGUCGAGCCCCAGCUACGACCCAGAUAAUCCCACCACCACCAGCAGCAGCGCAUCUGGCGGGAGCAUGUCGAUGAUGAUGAUGCAGAUGUGGUUCUACUGGGGCCCGAACGUGAUUAUUCUGUUCGAGAGUUGGAAGACCAGCAGUUGGGGCUUCUACCUCCUCGCGUGCUUCCUCGUUGUUGUCUUCUGCGUGCUUCACGAGUUCCUCACGUCGUUCCGGCUGAAGCUGUCCUCUACCCGACGAUGCCGCGUGAAGGACGCCGAGCAAGGUGCUGACGACGCUGAGGACGCCAGCAGCAAGAAGGCAUGCCACUGGCGGCCGCUCCUGGACCGGCUGGCAGUGACGGGCAUAUACGCGCUCAACCUCAUCUUCAGCUAUGCUAUCAUGCUCAUUGUCAUGAGUUUCAACAUCGGCCUCUUUAUCGCGGUCGUUCUCGGCCUCACUAUUGGCUUCUUCGUUUUUGGUGCCAAGAGGCGGAAGAACUCAUCAGAAAGGCCGCUUGUUGAGGAGGCGCAGGAAGAGAAUUGCUGCGCGGGUACUUCUGAUGCGUGCUGCGCUGCUCCAUAA